AAGCGCCUGACGAAAUUUUGUUUAGCUUGUCAAUGAGUGUUUCUCUGUAUUGCACGUCCUUCAGUCCAGUAUCUGACUUAUCAUUUGGGUAUCGGUGAUUUCAUUUCAGUGUUUAAGUCACCAUCUGCUGCUUCGCACGCAGCUUGUGACAUCAAAGACCGCGAGGGAUUCGGCUGGCUCGUGGAGGACAUCUGGACAACUUUAUGCACGAGAUGGAAUGCAGAGUGUUGUCGAUCCAGAGUCAUGUCGUGAGGGGGUAUGUGGGGAACAAAUCGGCAUCAUUUCCACUUCAGGUCCUAGGCUUUGAGGUGGACUCCAUAAACUCUGUGCAGUUUUCCAAUCACACAGGCUACUCCCAUUGGAGGGGGCAGGUCCUGACAGCUGAUGAACUGCACGUCCUCUAUGAAGGCAUCAAACUCAACAACGUUAAUCACUAUGACUACGUCCUCACAGGCUACACUAGAGACACAUCUUUCCUGGAGAUGGUGGUCGAUAUUAUACAGGAGCUGAAGAGGGCCAAUCCUAAUCUUGUGUAUGUGUGUGAUCCAGUUCUGGGGGAUCAUGGCUCCAUGUAUGUUCCACAGAUCUUGCACCCUGUCUACAAGAACAAGGUGGUUCCUGUCGCUGACAUCAUCACCCCCAACCAGUUUGAGGCUGAGUUACUGACGGGGAAGAACAUCAGCACAGAGAAGGAUGCGGUGGAGGUGAUGGACCUGCUGCAUCAGAUGGGUCCAGAUACAGUGGUGAUCACCAGCUCAGACCUCCCAUCGCGUCUAGGAGACCGAUUCCUCGUGUCACUGGGCAGUCAGAGAAUCGUAAUGCCUGAUGGAACUCGGAAGACUCAGCGUAUUCGCAUGGAGGUGCCAAAGGUGGACGCUGUGUUUGUGGGCACUGGUGACCUGUUUGCAGCCAUGCUGUUGGCCUGGACGCACCACUACCCCACUGAUCUCAAAACGGCCUGUGAAAAGACUUUCUCUGUCAUGCACCAUGUCAUAAAGAGGACCAUCUCCUAUGCCCACAAGAUGGCGGGCCCAGGCAGACGACCCACCCCGCCCCAACUGGAGCUACGCAUGGUUCAGAGUAAAGCAGACAUUGAGAACCCGGCCAUAGUCAUUGAGGCCACUGUGCUAUAAGCACCCACACCCCACCCCAUCCCACAACCGCACAAUGUAUAGAUGUUGUACAUUCUGAUGUGUAUUGUGACAUUUGCCUUAGGAUCUAACAGAGCACAACGUUUCCACGGAGGAAAGAAGGCAGGGUACAGUCACAUUGGGAGGAGUAGAGAGGAGCCAAGGGAGGGGAAGAAAGGUGUUUCUUUCUCUCUCUCUUUGUCUUUCUCUCUCUCUCUCAUACACUCUCUCACUCCCUCCCUCCAUGUCUGUAUUUCUCCUCUUUCUCUAUUUCUCCUGGCCCCUGACAGACCCCUUAGGCCCCCCUACACAAAGGGACCAGACGGCCUGACCUGAGCCAAAUAGCUUCCCUAACUCAGGCAGGCCCACACAAACCAGGCCUGCGCCGAGUCGGCCCACACAAACCAGGCCUGCCCCGAGUCACCACGCCAGUGGGCCAUUGGUCAAGUGGACCAGUGGCAAAUGUGUGCCAGUGGUCCAGUGACUAAUGUAUGCUAAUGGCUAAUGCGUGCCAGUGGGCUAUUGGCUAAUGUAUGCUAGUGGGCUUAUGGCUAAUGCACGCCAGUGGUCCAGUGGCUAAUGCAUGCUAAUGGCUAAUGCAUACCAGUGGUCCAAUGGCUAAUGCAUGCUAGUGGCUAAUGCAUGCCAGUAGUCCAGUGGCUAAUGCAUGCUAGUGGCUAACACAUGUACCAGUGGGCUAGUGGCUAAUACGUGUCCAGGGGCUAAUGCGCGCCACUGGGCUAGUGACUCGUGUGGCUCCUCCUUAGAAAUGUUGGGUCAGAGAGAGAGGCUCCAACUUUACACUCCUCAAAAAGAUCCAGUGCGAGCAGGGUGCUCCGUGAUUGGUGGAAAUCAGCAUGUCUGAAAGCUCCCUCACCAAUCAAAUCACAGGCAUCAUGGGUGCCUGAUCCACCAUAGGAGGGCUUUGGACCUUGUUGCCUAGCAAAGGAGACUUUAAAUGUACAUCUCUCACCUGUGAACUCUCUUGGCAAUCAUGACUGGCAUUGCCAUGGUAACAUGAUUGAACCAUACUCAUGUGUGUCCACAGGUGUCACUAACUCGCUUAUGUCUUAAUUCCGUUUUUACCUCCAUGAUUUUGCUCUGAUUUCUUUUUGUAAUCGUGAAUUUUUAAUGAAUCUGAAUGAUUCUGGAAUAUCUGGUACAUUUCAGCGUCUGAUCAAUCUGAAUAUGUCGUUCAUUUCCAUGUUUUUUAUUUUUUUUAAUUCAUUGUAUUUGCAAUGAUAAUCUAUGAUGUGUAAAUAGUAAACAUAAGUAAUGCAUUCUAAUCAUAAACAAUUUUUUAUUUUCAUAUCUUAGAGAUUUUAAAAGACUGAGGCUGAAGGGGUUUCUGGCCUCAGUGAGUGGUAUUUGUGCUAUAAUGGUGCCAAAGCUGUAGAGGGCGCUCUCCAGCCUUAACAGCAAGUCAGAGAUGAGGGCAAAAAUGUACCAAUCCCAACCCAAUACCCUACAGUACCCUAAACAGUACACUUACUCAAGUGCAGUGCAGCAACGUAAUGUGUUUUCCCUUUGGAAAGCGCUUUGUAUACGCUUAAGUAUACUAACUCCAAUAUCAGCCCCAACCCAACAGAGUACACUAGCUUCAUUUAUUGUAGUACAGUAACCUCAUACAGGAUACUAACCUCAAUUUAGUAAACUAACCCCAAUAUAACACAGUACACCAACAUGUUUUAGUGCAUCAACACCAUUAUGCUGUAUACUUACCCUAGUGCACAGUUCACAAAUACAACACGUUUCAUUAACCCCAACACACCUCUCACUUGGGCUGUCAGAGCAACCUCACUAUUCAGAUAUAUAAAUAUUUUUAAGAGAUUAAUAUAUUUUAAAUAUUUCCUUCUGUUGACUUUUCUUCAAUAUUUAUUUAGUUGGAAGGUGUAAACAUAGAACAGUCCAGAACGAUGCCUUGUCUAAGAGGAUCACACGCAUGCAUGCACACACACACACACACACACACACACAAACAGAAACAAACAAACAAACAAACAAACACACAUACACACAUACACACACACACACACACACACACACACACACACACACACACACACACACACACACAGACACACAGACUCACAGCUUACACAUGAAAUACCCCACUACUCUCUCCCACAACCCAGACUGCUCUGAGGGAUGGUGUGUGUGUGUGUGCUUGCGUGCGUGUGUGUGAGUGAGUGAGUGUGUGAAUGUCAUGUAGAAAGCACUGACGGCACUAGUAAAUAGAGUAAUUUCUGUUGGCUUGUCCAUGACCUGAUGAAAUCUGCCAACUGCUGUGUUAGUAGGCAGAGUCAGUGGACUGAGUAGCGUUCUAGAGUGAAACAGGCAGAAUGGCUUGUCGAUCCACUGCAAGGCAGAUUUUAUAUGCUAUUUCCCAAAUGGAGCAGUUUAGACUUUGUGAGAGCUGAUAUCGUAAAAAAAAAAAAAAAACUGUUGUUCAUUUUUACCAUUUUUACUGCAUUAACCAUUUUGUUCUCUGGGUUGUGAAAUACGUGCCAGCCAUUUCAGGGCAGGUGUUUCUGUAAGAACAGGAAGUGGGAUGCUGUAUCUGACUGCUCUUCUCACACACACAGAUAAGCAUCUCUGCCCAGUCACAGUGCUGCCUGUGAAGAACAGCCUCCAGUAAUGGCCUCGCAUUAGCCGGGUGACCAUGGGUAACGCUAGUGAGGUGAUAUUGCUGCUCUAGAUGUAUGUGUGUGUGUGUGUGUGUGUGUGUGUGUGUGUGUGUGUGUUCAGCGGGGGGGAGAAGUGAUGGUGGACUUUUUAAACGAUAGAGCAUGAAUGAAUGAUGUGAAAUGAGAGAACACUGAUGAACGGAUUGAGGGGGACGUACUUGAAGAGGGCGAAGCUCACAGCAGCUUUGUAGCACAGGGAGGCCUGUGGCCCUGGCGGACUCCGGUCCAGAACCCCUCGGACCGCUGGCAACACACAGGCCCCAAGGAGCAUCUCUGCCAAUAUUAGCACUGCCACCAGAGGAAUGAGUGUGUGCGUGUGGAACCGAAACGAAACGAAACAGUCAGGCGUAUGUGCAGUGAGGGGCUGCAGUGGCUUAGUAUGAAAAUUGUUUUGUUACAUCUAUCUGUGCGUGAUCUGGGUAGGAUUAGUCAGGUCUGGCUACGCAAGCCCAGGCAGCAGUCAGAGGGUGAAUCUUGAUGUCCUCCCUCACAGACUUUGAUGUGUGUUCCAGCUAGCUUCGUGAGGGCUUAGGGCUGUCCCAUUGUAAAAGUUGUUAAAUGCAUAAGGGCUCGCUUGCACCCUCUCUGCGCCCUUUCCGUAAGUUGGCAUUUAUGCAGACUUUACUCAAGGGAAUUACCAAUAAUUGAAGCGUUGUGACGUGAAACACAGGGUUACCUAAAGGGAAGCUGGAAGCUUGCAAAAACAUUAGUAAAUAACUGCCAUAAAACAGACACAACAUGUUUUUGCUGUUGUGAAUUUAACAAUACGUCACAGGUGCUGUCACAUUCCUGUUAUUAGCAUUUUGAGCCCUUACAGCCUCUUAAAUUCAAUCCCUUAUCCCUUAACAUGUUUCAAUUAAGUCCUUGAGGGUUCAGGGCUUAAACCUAAGGGGGGACUUCAAGAUUCAGCCAGAGUGUCACUGAUAGGAGGAACAUGACCAUGGUAUGGCUCAGGUGUGUGUGAGCGCAUGUGUAGCGCCAGGUGUGUGUGUGUGAGCACGGUGUAGUCUGUAGAGUGCAUUUACUGUAUUUGUGCACUCUCGCUGUGAUCAGUGUGAAUGGAUUUGAUGGAGCCAUUAAUUCUGACUUAUCGUGGCUAUUACUUGCUUACUUACUGAACACAGUAACGUGGAGAGCGCCCCCUGGGGGGAGUAGAGGGCUCUUGCCCCACUACAGCGUUUGGGUUAAUUUGUCACUCUGUCUCACCAUUUCUGUUUAAUGGAUUUGCCAUUGGUCCCUUUUGAGUGGUGGUGUGUGUUGGUCAUUGAGUGUGGUGUGUGUUGGUCAUUGAGUGUGUUAAGUGUGGUGUGUUGGUGCAAGGAGUGUUUAAAGCAGCAGUGGGACCAAACUGUUGACGGGAUGGCUCCCCCUGCAGGUGACCCUGAGAAAUGAUGCUGUAUUUUCCCCCACAACCCUUUGUGAAAUGCUCAGGCCCAUGAGAAGGAGAGAAGAUUGACUGGCGAAACAAAUAAUUAUAUUAUAGAUAAGAGUACUUACACAGUCGUUCAACUUGAAAAUGUUAGGAUGUAGAUAGAGAUUAUUUUUUGUGUCUAAUGGUCUUUCCAGUGAUUGGUCUCUACUUCCUGUGCUCCUUGUGUACGGACCGCUGUGUUUAGCCUAGUGUUGACCUCUUCCCUGUGUUCCGACUCUCUUGGUGAAAUCCCUGUGCUGUGUGUGUGCUCUACCAAUGACAGACAAAUCCCUCCCACCCUCCCGCUAGUGAACUCCCAGAUGAUGUCAGCACAGAGGGCUGAGUCUCAGGUCCUGGCUUCCCCACUCACCAUCACCUUUGACCUCGGACCCCCUGACCCCAAUGCUCCUUACUCUGUAUCUGUGUCUGUCUCUUAGCAGUUCAAACAGUGAUCCAUCUGCUUGGCUUUCUGUUCUGUUAUUCCUCAGUUCGUUAUCCGGAAGGUUGUUUUUUGUUCAUUUAUUUCUUGAAUGGGGAAAAAAGCGAUGAUCUUAAGCGAUGAUCUUAAAAAAAAUCCUAACAUGAAAACUGUUCUAACUGUUUGGUAAAGUUUUUAGUGCUUCGUUUUUAUAACAUGUUACAAUGAUGAUUGUAGUGUACAAAUCCACAUUUAUAAUCUAUGUUACAAUGCAAUAAAGGUAGAGUAAUGACUAA